AUUCUUUUAGUGGAGUCUGUUUGCGGAGCUGUUCGUUUCCGAAGGAGGGCAGCAGCUCGCUUGAGAUUAGACUGUGCUAACUGCAGACAACACAUUUAUCAGAUGAAGAAGGCGAAGAGAAAGCUAGGAAAUGUAGAAGAGGGACAGGACGAUAGUUUUAACAACGGGGAAAACACUGACUUUGUUGACAGAGGAUUUGUGUUUAGUUUAGCUAAUUUACACUACUGACAGAAGAGCCAUCCUCAUUCAUCAGAUCAUCACUGGCACACAACUGAAAUCAGACACUCUUGUCACCUUUAAUCUACUGGGAAGCCUGACAGCAGCUACUAUGUUGGGCAGGACAGCCCUGAGCAGAGGCAUUACUGCCCACCGCCUCAGUAAGAAUGUCACUUUCUACAUAAAUGAAUUAGCAUCUCCAGUCUCAGGAUGUCAGGCCCAAGCCUCUAAAGACCACACACCCCUUAUGCUGAUGUUGCCAUGGUUGGGUUCGCGUCCCCAAGCUGUGGCCAAGUAUUGUGAAAUCUACUUCCGCACAGGCUUUGAUGUGCUUGUAGUGGAGAGUGAGGUGCAAGAGUUCCUGUGGCCUCGCUGGGGUCUGGAUCAUGGGAAGAGGUUGCUGGAGUUGCUCCAGAGUGAACGCUUUGUGUCCCGCCCACUGCUUGUCCAUGCCUUCUCUAUUGGGGGCUACACAUUUGCUCAGCUGCUGGUACAUGUGUCCCAGGACACACAGAAAUAUCAGGCGUUCACACAGAGGAUCAAAGGCCAAGUCUAUGAUAGCUUGGUGGUGGGCUCUCUGGAGACGAUGGCUGUAGGUCUAGGUAAGACUGUAUUUCCACGUUGGGAGAUACUGGUAAAACAAUUAAGCCUGUUAUACUUUGGCAUGUUCAGACGCCAAACGGUGGACUACUUUAACAGAAGCAUUGAUGCGUUUUGGAACACUCCCAUCACCGCUCCUGCGCUGUUCUUCUUUUGCGAGAACGAUCUGUUGAGCAACCCACGAGCUAUGGAGGAAGUGAUUGAUCGAUGGGAGAAGCGUGGGAUGGACAUCACAGCAAAGAAGUGGGAGGAUUCAACACAUGCAGGUCACCUAAAGAGGCACCCACAGGAGUAUCUGACCACCCUAGACAUGUUCCUCCAGUCACUCCGCAUCGCCCCGCUGAAGGCCAAAAUGUAAGGUGGUGUCAUUUAAGCAUAAUGCCAUAUUAGCUUGACUUUGCUUGUUUUCAGUUUAAUCUAAAAUAUUUGUUAGUCUGCAGUGUGUUACUGUAUCAGUGAUAAUUAGCAUAUAAAAUACAUUAAUUUAACUUGUAACGUGUAAUGUAGGUGGAGUAAUGGUAGUCAACUUUCAAUUCUGUUCAAUUUAAUUCAUAAAACAGGGCCUAUGUGCCCUGUUUUGUUGAAUUGUGUACUAAAAAAAUGUUUUACUAAAAAUGUUUUAUUCCUUGUUAAGCAUAAAAUGUGCAACUACAGUUGCACCAAUUGUUUCACCAUUGUCAGUUUAUAUUAAUGAUAUGAACGGCUUUAAACUUUGCAAGCACAGUGACAUCUGGUGGUUUGCACAGCUUAUAGCAGCCCUUCAAGACUGGGCCCAAAGCGCUAUAACACCUUGCUGAUUAUGAAGUUUCAGUGUCGUGUGCGCAAUAAAAGCAGCUACGUGUUAAAGUCAUACUCUUGCUCAGAAGUGCUGCAGUAAAAAAACAAGUUGCCACAUGUAAAUCCUGCUGCCCUUCUGUUAAAUACAGUUCACACAGAAGACAACGUUCAUGAAGUUCUGCACAUUUGCUGUUACUGUAAGUGUGUCUUUCCAGGGAAAAUUCUGUGACACUUCCUUCUUUAUCCUUGGUUCCUCUGUCAAGGGACACAGUACUGUUACAUAAAUUGUUUAGGCACAGUGGCUUUAACUGGCUUUGCUAAUAGUUGAUUGUACUCAUCUCGGGAAGUAAACUUACUGAAUUGCUUCUUUGAGUAAGUUGCAUAUUGAAGUUGUACCAUUUGUAUUUCUCACAUUGGCACUGUCACAGUGAACACAGGGAAAUGAAAUGUAGCAUUUUACUUGUGAAACCAGCCAGCGUGUAUCAUCGAAUGUCAGUGUGAAGAAAUCUCCCUUUCCAGUUUCUUGUCAGUAACCUCACAUCUUGGAAGGAUUUUGUGUAUAUAGUCAGAAAGGAGAUUUACAGUGCCUACACUUCAGUACUCAUAAUUUACAUUGAGAAGCAGAAAAUGCAAGUUGUUUCCAGAAGCCAUUGUGCAUGCACUGUUUUCUACUUUUUCCUAAGCUAAAACCUAAAUGUAUCACCGCAGCCUUUCAUGCAGUGCAUCCGGAAAGUAUUCACAGCACUUCACUUUAUCCACAUUUGUUAUGUUAUAGCCUUAUUUCAAAAUAGAUUAGUCAUUAUUUUCCUCAAUUCUACAAACAAUACCCCAUAAUGACAACGUGAAAGAAGUUUGUUUGAAAUCUUUGCAAAUUUAUAAAAAAAAUUCUUUGCAGGACCUCUCAAGCUCCAUCAGGUUGAAUGGGGUCAUUUUCAGAUCUCUCCAGAGAUGUUCAAUCAGGUUUAAGUCUGGGCUCUGGCUGGGCCACUCAAGGACAUUCACAGAGUUGACCCGUAGCCACUCCUUUGUUAUCUUGGCUGUGUGCUUAGGGUCGUUGUCCUGUUGGAAGAUGAACCGUCCCCCUAGUCUGAGGUCCAGAGCAGGUUUUAUUCAAGGAUGUCUCUACAUUGCUACAUUCAUCUUUCCCUCGAUCCUGACUAGCCUCCCAGUUCCUGCCACUGAAAAACAUCCCCACAGCAUGAUGCUACCACCACCUUGCUUCACUGUAGGGAUGGUAUUGGUCAGGUGAUGAGCGGUGCCUGGUGUCCUCCAGACAUGACGCUUGCCAUUCAGGCCAAAGAGUUCAAUCUUUGUUUCAUCAGACCAGAGAAUUUUGUUUCUCAUGGUUUGAGAGUCCUUCAGGUGCCUUUUGGCAAACUCCAAGCAGGCUGUCUUGUGCCUUUUACUGAGGAGUGGCCUCCGUCUGGCCCCUCUACCAUACAGGCCUGAUUGGUGGAGUGCUGCAGUGAUGGUUGUUUUUCUGGAAGGUUCUCCUCUCUCCACAGAGAAACUGAGCUCUGUCAGAGUGACCAUCGGGUUCUUGGUCACCUCUCUGACUAAGGCCCUUCUCCCCUGAUCGCUCAGUUUGGCCGGGCGGCAAGCUCUAGGAAGAGUCCUGGUGGUUUCAAACUUCUUCCAUUUACGGAUGAUGGAGGCCACUGUGCUAAUUGGGACCUUCAAUGCUGCAGAAAUGUUUCUGUACCCUUCCCCAGAUCUGUGCCUCGAUACAAUCCUGUCUCAGAGGUCUACAGACAAUAACUUGGACUUCUUGGCUCGGUUUGUGCUCUGACAUGCACUGUUAACUGUGGGACCUCAUAUAGACAGGUGUGUGCCUUUCCAAAUCAUGUCCAAUCAACUGAAUUUACCACAGGUGGACUCCAAUCAAGUUGUAGAAACAUCUUAAGUAUGAUCAGUGGAAACAGGAUGCGCCUGAGCUCAAUUUUGAGUGUCAUGGCAAAGGUUGCGAAUACUUAUAUACAGGUUUUUUAUUUUUAAUACAUUUGCAAAGAUUUCAAACAAACUUCUUUCACGUUGUCAUUAUGGGGUGUUGUUUGUAGAAUUUUGAGGAAAAUAAUGAAUUUAAUCUAUUUAGGAAUAAGGCUGUAACAUAACAAAAUGUGAAUAAAGUGAAGCGCUGUGAAUACUUUCCGGAUGCACUGUAUUUACACAAACAACUCCAGGGACCAAUGAUUCUUUUGAUGGUCUAUCGGUGCUUAGAAGAAUAUUUCUUCUUCCGCAAGAAAUUCCACCAUGUUGGUGUGACGGUGCUGAACAAAACACCAUAUGAUAGUACCAUAAUACAUUCAAGAGUUCAUAUGGCCUCUUGAGACAGAGAUGGCAUAAUGAGCCUCAGUGGUAAAUCUGUAUAAAUGAACAGUGCUUUCACAAACUACCAAAGCAGCAAGUAAUCAGUUAUACUUGAAAAAUGUUAAUAUCUGAUAAAUGUUAGCUUAGAUUUCCAUUGUGCUCAUUUCCAAAUGUCUGUUGAAGAUGGUUGUUGAACUUGAAACGGUGCCUCUGAUAUUGUAAAGCUUUGUGUCUCAUAACUUGAACAUUUUUUAAAUUGCAAACACAUUUUUGUUUUCUCUUGCCUUGUGUGUGGUUUGGAAAUAAAGGUAUCUUGUUUGAGGUGUGAUGUUA